GGCGAGACCGCUCCGAGCUGCGCGGGCCGGGAGAGAGGGCGGCGAGCCCGCUCCGAGCUGCGCGGGCUUCGGGGGCUCGGCCGGCAGCCCCGGGGGGCGGCAGCGCCGGCGGCAUGGAGCAGGCAGCGCCCAAGAGCAAACUGAAAAAGCUAAGUGAAGACAGUUUAACUAAGCAGCCUGAAGAAGUCUUUGAUGUUCUGGAGAAACUUGGUGAAGGGUCUUAUGGUAGUGUGUUUAAAGCAAUACACAAAGAGUCUGGGCAAGUUGUAGCAAUUAAACAGGUCCCUGUGGAGUCAGAUCUUCAAGAAAUAAUUAAAGAAAUCUCUAUAAUGCAACAAUGUGACAGUCCCUAUGUUGUCAAGUACUAUGGCAGCUAUUUUAAGAACACAGAUCUAUGGAUUGUUAUGGAAUAUUGUGGAGCUGGCUCUGUUUCGGACAUAAUUAGACUGCGUAAUAAAACGCUAACAGAAGAUGAAAUUGCAACUAUUCUGAAAUCUACUCUUAAAGGACUUGAAUACUUGCACUUUAUGAGAAAAAUACAUAGAGAUAUAAAAGCUGGAAACAUCCUUCUUAACACUGAGGGACAUGCAAAAUUAGCUGAUUUUGGUGUGGCUGGCCAGUUAACAGAUACAAUGGCAAAACGUAAUACUGUUAUAGGAACUCCGUUUUGGAUGGCUCCUGAAGUAAUACAAGAGAUUGGUUAUAACUGUGUGGCAGACAUCUGGUCCCUUGGUAUCACUUCAAUAGAGAUGGCUGAAGGAAAACCUCCAUAUGCUGAUAUUCACCCAAUGAGGGCUAUUUUUAUGAUUCCUACAAAUCCCCCUCCAACCUUCCGGAAGCCAGAACUCUGGUCCGAUGAAUUCACUGAUUUUGUGAAGAAAUGCUUAGUGAAAAAUCCUGAACAAAGAGCUACAGCAACCCAGCUGCUACAGCAUACAUUUAUUAAGAAUGCUAAGCCAGUUUCAAUUUUAAGGGACCUGAUAACAGAAGCUAUGGAGAUAAAGGCAAAGCGACAUGAGGAACAGCAGAGAGAACUAGAAGAGGAGGAAGAAAAUUCGGAUGAAGAUGAGUUGGACUCUCACACCAUGGUAAAGACCAACUCAGAGAGCGCUGGUACCAUGAGAGCCACAAGUACGAUGAGUGAAGGCGCCCAGACAAUGAUUGAGCACAACAGCACUAUGCUGGAAUCGGACCUGGGGACCAUGGUAAUAAAUAGCGAUGAUGAUGAAGAGGAAGAUGGGACCAUGAAACGAAAUGCUACUUCACCGCAAGUUCAAAGACCUUCUUUCAUGGACUACUUUGAUAAACAAGAUUCCAAGAAUAAAAGCCCUGAAAACUGUAAUCAGAACAUGCAUGAACCUUACCACAUAUCCAAAAACGUUUUCCCUGAUAACUGGAAGGUCCCCCAAGAUGGAGACUUUGAUUUCUUAAAGAAUCUGAGUUUGGAAGAAUUACAGAUGAGAUUAAAAGCUUUGGACCCUAUGAUGGAACGAGAAAUUGAGGAGCUCCGUCAGAGGUACACGGCAAAGAGGCAACCCAUCCUAGAUGCGAUGGAUGCAAAGAAACGGAGGCAGCAAAAUUUCUGAGUUUGUUUAACUUUCAGACAUAAUACUAUGAGUCACUGUGGACACUGGUAACUUUGUAACAGUCCGAAGGAAUUGGAUUAUAAGAGUUUUCAAAAACCCAGUCUGUUGAAAUUUCCUUCACAAGCAAUGACAAUUGGAGCAGUGAAAGAAUAUACAUAUGGUACUCUGCAAAGACAGAGAAACACAUCACCACUUGUUUGCAUUUUCAAAUGUUUAAUGUAAUACAAGUUUUAUCUGUUGCUUCCCAAUCUUUUUCAGGUGUAUAGUGGUAAUUUGGUGUUGUACAUUGGGAAUUGUGUUUUGGAGCACCUGGAAUGAUUUCUUGAUUGUGCAACACUACCGAGCCUUAUAUUGCAAUGUAUUUUUCUUCCACUUAGUAGCAUAUUUAUUAUGUAAUCUGUGGUUAUCCUAUUUAUUUUAUGCCUGUUUCCUUUUAUGUUGGGAAGUAUUAGGAUAAUAUUGUGGAGAGCAGAGUCAGAUUAGAUAAAACUGGUAUUACAGUAUAAUGAAAAGUUGCUCACCACUCUUAUUAUCUUUUAAAAAUUUCCAAUUUCAGCGAGCAGCCCAAUUCAGGACAGCAUUUGAACAUGUAUCCAGCCCUUUUGUAUCAAUAGGAUUUAAGCAGAAAGUAAGUAACAGGCACAUGUUCUUCUGCUCUCCUGAAUCAGGGACUGUGGUUGUAGUUGAGCAGUUACAGUUGUUACACUACAGAGGAUUUUUAGAGUACUUCUGUCAUUUCUACGCACACUGAGUCAGCUGUCAUUAAACAAGAAAACAAGUGCCUAAUCAGUUCUGAUUUUUGUUAUUCAGAAGAAGCAAUACUUGCAGUCACUCCUUCAGUGUAAACUUCCAAUUGCUAUUGCAAUUCUGACCAGUAGAAACCUCUAUUUUGCACCACAGUUUUAUAAUGAAGUAACAGCUACACUUUUUGGAUGUUUUUUUGGUUCAUUUGGGUUUCUUUAUCACUGUUUUGAGGGGAGAGGGGAGUUAUUAGUGGUUUGGGUUUGUUUUGUUUUCACAUUAUAGAUACAAAGGGAUAGUAAUUUAAAAGCCAAAGAAAAUAAAAUUAAUACUUAUAUUUAAUAAGUACAGAAAAGAAGCAACAUUUUACAGUCCUUUUGAGAGUUUUGUCCUGCAGUCACUAAACAUUCAAUAUUCCUGUAGUCUUUUCUGUUGGUAGAUUUUGGGGAAUCAGAAAUGCAGGACCAAACUCUUAAUAACUUUUUACAAGUUAUUCUAUCUGGUUUAUAUUGUGAAAUACCUAGUAGGUAGAAUUUGCAACAUUGCAAGAAAUAUUUCAUACUUAGCAGAAAACGUGACCCACUUUCUGAACAAUCUACUGUGUUCUCUAUUGAAAUAUUUACUAUUGUUGCCUUUUAUGUAAAUAACUUCACUGUGAUAGUCAUACUUCUUUAUACAGUACAGCUGAAAAGAUCUUUACAUUCAGCCUUUAACUGUUAAAAUUUUAAUGGUGACUACUGUAUGGGCAUCUUCUGUUAAAUGUUUUCUGGAAGUUAGUAAUCAUCUCAUACCUCUUAACAUUUACUGUCAUCAUACAUGGACCAUUUAGAUGGAACAGUGCAGAUUUUGGAAAUGGUGCAUUAUAUCACAAAGCUUAUGCAAAAGGAAACCAAAAGUUUUCAUGAGGUCAGCAUUCUACAGCCGUGCUGGGACCAGGACUUGGGUUUGAGCCGUUGUUGUGGUUGUCAUUCUCUACGUGUUUGCAUGUACACCACGCUCUGACAUGUAAACCCUAGAGUCAAAUAAAUCUUGAUUGAUUGUUAGAACA